AUGUAUUAUGGACCAGACUGGCUCCUCCCCGUGUAUUAUGGACCAGACCGGCUCCUCCCCAUGUAUUAUGGACCAGACUGGCUCCUCCCCAUGUAUUACGGACCAGAUCAGCUCGUCCCCGUGUAUUAUGGACCAGACCGGCUCCUCCUCGUGUAUUACGGACAAGACCGGCUCCCCCUCGUGCAUUACGGACCAUAUCGGCUUCUCCCCGUGUAUUACGGACCAGACCGGCUCCUCCCCGUGUAUUAUGGACUAGACUGGCACCCCCUCGUGUAUUAUGGACCAGACCGGCACCCCCUCGUGUAUUAUGGACCAGACCGGCACCCCCUCGUGUAUUAUGGACCAGACCAGCUCCUCCCCGUGUAUUAUGGACCAGACCGACUCCCCCUCGUGUAUUACGGAACAGUCCGGCUCCCCUUCGUGUGUUAUGGACUAUUCCGGCUCCCCCUCGUGUAUUAUGGACUAGUCCGGCUCCCCCUCGUGUAUUAUGGACCAGUCCGGCUCCUCCCUGUGUAUUACGGACCAGACCUGCUACUCCUCGUGUAUUACAGACCAGACCUGCUACCCCUCGUGUAUUACAGACCAGAUCAGCUCCCCCUUGUGUAUUAUGGCCCAGAACAGCUCCUCCCCAUGUGUUACAGACCAGACCAGCUCCCCCUCAUGUAUUAUGGACCAGACCGGCUCCCCCUUGUGUAUUAUGGACCAGUCUGGCUCCUCCCCGUGUAUUACGGACCAGUCCGGCUCCCCCUCGUGUAUUACAAACCAGUCCGGCUCCCCCUCAUGUAUUACAGACCAGACCUGCUACCCCUCGUGUAUUACAGACCAGAUCAGCUCCCCCUUGUGUAUUAUGGCCCAGAACAGCUCCUCCUCAUGUAUUACAGACCAGACCGGCUCCUCCCCGUGUAUUAUGGCCUAGACCAGCUCCUCCACAUGUAUUAUGGACCAGACCGGCUCCCACUUGUGUAUUACAGACUAGUUCGGCUCUUCCUCAUGUAUUACAGACCAGACCGGCUCCCCCUUGUGUAUUACGGACCAGACUGGCUCCUUCCUGUGUAUUACGGACCAGACCGGCUCCCCCUUGUGUAUUACGGACCAUACUAG